GCCGCGUCCUAAGGCUCCGGCGGCAGACUGCUGAAGGAAGCGAGCGCACGCGGACCGCCGAGGGACGGCGCCCGGGCCCCCAGCCCCGCAGGCCGGCUGCCCCCUGGUGCGGCGCGGGGCGGCGGAGGGCAGCGGAGGCAAGCCGUGCGAGAGGAGCCGCGGGAGAGGCGGGCGCGGGCGGCGGCCACAGCAAUGCCGGGCCCGCUGAGGCUGCUCUGCUUCUUCGCCCUGGGGCUGCUUGGCUCGGCCGGGCCCAGCGGCGCGGCGCCGCCUCUCUGCGCUGCGCCCUGCAGCUGCGACGGCGACCGUCGGGUGGACUGCUCCGGGAAGGGGUUGACGGCCGUACCGGAGGGGCUCAGCGCCUUCACCCAAGCACUGGAUAUCAGUAUGAACAAUAUCACCCAGUUACCAGAAGAUGCAUUUAAGAAUUUUCCUUUUCUAGAGGAACUACAACUGGCUGGUAACGACCUUUCUUUUAUCCACCCAAAAGCCUUGUCUGGGUUGAAAGAACUCAAAGUCCUAACACUCCAGAAUAAUCAGUUGAAAACAGUACCCAGUGAAGCCCUUCAUGGACUGAGUGCUUUGCAGUCUUUACGCUUAGAUGCCAACCAUAUUACCUCAGUCCCAGAGGACAGUUUUGAAGGGCUUGUUCAGUUACGGCAUCUGUGGCUGGAUGACAACAGCUUGACAGAAGUGCCUGUGCGGCCCCUCAGCAACCUGCCAACCCUGCAGGCGCUGACCUUGGCUCUCAACAACAUCUCCAGCAUCCAGGACUUUGCAUUCACCAACCUUUCAAGCUUGGUCGUUCUGCAUCUUCAUAACAAUAAAAUUAAAAGCCUCAGUCAACACUGUUUUGAUGGACUAGAUAACCUGGAAACCUUGGACUUGAAUUAUAAUAACUUGGAUGAAUUUCCUCAGGCUAUUAAAGCCCUUCCCAGCCUUAAAGAGCUAGGAUUUCACAGUAAUUCUAUUUCUGUUAUCCCUGAUGGAGCAUUUGGUGGUAAUCCACUGCUAAGGACUAUCCAUUUGUAUGAUAAUCCUCUGUCUUUUGUGGGGAACUCAGCAUUUCACAACCUGUCUGAUCUGCAUUCCUUAGUGAUUCGUGGUGCAAGCCUGGUGCAGUGGUUCCCCAAUCUGACUGGAACUGUCCAUCUGGAGAGUCUAACCUUGACAGGGACAAAAAUAAGCAGCAUACCUGAUGAUCUGUGCCAAAACCAAAAGAUGCUGAGGACCCUGGACUUAUCUUAUAACAAUAUAAGAGACCUUCCAAGUUUUAAUGGCUGUCGUGCACUGGAAGAAAUUUCAUUGCAGCGUAAUCAAAUCUACCUAAUAAAGGAAAAUACUUUUCAAGGCCUAACAUCCCUAAGGAUUCUAGAUCUGAGUAGAAAUCUGAUCCAUGAAAUUCACAGUGGGGCCUUUUCGAAGCUUGGGACAAUUACUAACCUGGAUGUAAGUUUCAAUGAAUUAACUUCAUUUCCUACGGAAGGCCUGAAUGGACUCAACCAACUAAAACUUGUGGGUAACUUCAAGCUGAAGGAUGCGUUGGCAGCCAGAGACUUUGCCAAUCUCAGGUCUCUAUCAGUACCAUAUGCUUAUCAGUGUUGUGCAUUUUGGGGGUGUGACUCUUAUGCAAAUUUAAACACAGAAGAUAACAGCCCCCAAGACCACAGUGUGACAAAAGAGAAAGGUGCUACAGAUGCAGCAAAUGGCACCAGCACUGCUGAAAAUGAAGAACAUAGCCAAAUAAUUAUCCACUGUACACCUUCAACAGGUGCUUUUAAGCCCUGUGAAUAUUUACUGGGAAGCUGGAUGAUUCGCCUUACAGUGUGGUUCAUUUUCCUGGUUGCCUUGCUUUUCAACCUGCUUGUCAUUUUAACAGUGUUUGCAUCUUGUUCAUCAUUGCCUGCUUCCAAACUCUUCAUAGGCUUGAUUUCAGUGUCUAACUUACUCAUGGGCAUCUAUACUGGCAUCCUUACUUUUCUUGAUGCUGUGUCCUGGGGCCGAUUUGCCGAAUUUGGCAUUUGGUGGGAAACUGGCAGCGGCUGCAAGGUAGCUGGGUCUCUGGCAGUCUUCUCCUCAGAGAGCGCCGUAUUCCUAUUAACACUGGCAGCCGUGGAAAGAAGCGUAUUUGCAAAGGAUAUAAUGAAAAACGGGAAAAGCAGUCACGCCAGGCAGUUCCGGGUGGCCGCCCUCCUAGCUUUGCUGGCUGCCGCAGUAGCGGGCUGCUUCCCCCUCUUUCACGGAGGGCAGUACUCCGCAUCGCCCUUGUGCUUGCCAUUCCCUACCGGAGAAACGCCGUCCUUAGGAUUCACUGUGACCUUAGUGCUAUUAAACUCACUAGCAUUUUUAUUAAUGGCCAUUAUCUACACUAAACUGUACUGCAACUUAGAGAAGGAAGACCUGUCAGAAAACUCCCAGUCUAGCAUGAUUAAGCACGUUGCUUGGCUCAUCUUCACAAACUGCAUCUUCUUCUGCCCUGUUGCAUUCUUCUCAUUUGCACCGCUGAUCACGGCGAUCUCCAUCAGCCCCGAGAUAAUGAAGUCUGUUACGUUGAUAUUCUUCCCACUGCCUGCUUGCCUGAAUCCAGUCCUGUACGUUUUCUUCAACCCAAAGUUUAAAGAAGACUGGAAGCUACUGAAGCGCCGCGUUACCAGGAAACACGGAUCUGUUUCGGUUUCCAUCAGCAGCCAAGGUGGUUGUGGGGAACAGGAUUUCUACUAUGACUGUGGCAUGUAUUCCCACUUGCAGGGUAACCUGACUGUCUGUGACUGCUGUGAGUCAUUUCUUUUGACAAAACCAGUAUCAUGCAAACACUUAAUAAAGUCGCACAGUUGUCCUGUAUUGACAGUGGCCUCUUGCCAGAGGCCAGAGGCCUACUGGUCUGAUUGUGGCACACAGUCGGCCCAUUCUGACUAUGCAGAUGAAGAAGAUUCCUUUGUCUCAGACAGCUCUGACCAGGUGCAGGCCUGUGGACGUGCCUGCUUCUACCAGAGUCGUGGAUUCCCCCUGGUGCGCUAUGCUUAUAAUCUACCGAGAGUCAGAGACUGAACUCACGGGACUGUUUUCCCCCUAUCAACCAAAUCACAGUGCUCAUACUUGCGCUGUCUUUUGACCUUUCAUCUGGGAAGGACUUGCAUAAUCACUUCGUGGUGUCACACAGAAGAGGAAGGAAGGUGGCAAUUUAUUUUGCAAAUCAGAUGUCUGUGAAGAAUGAGUGCCUAAAUUAUAAAUUGUUGAAAAAAAUUGUGAUGCCCCAACAACAUGUGCUCUAUUCGAAAUAAAUGCAACUUAAAAAAUGAUUUGAUGUAUGGCAUAGCAAUAUAAAUUAGGGUUUUUUUUUUUUCUGAUCCAUCAGGUGCAAAGAUCAAACUAUUUCUGAAUUAAGCACAAAAUAAAGGACAGCUGUUAAUAUAUUUUAAGUGAAAAUGUGAAUUUAUAAAACUAAGAAAAUGUCUUGCUAAUUUUACCUAAUGAUUCAUCAUUAAUCUCAGGAUGACUUACUUCAGGGCCAAAAAAGGGACUGUCUCCCAGCUAUAGCUAUGAAAAGUUCAAACAGGUAUCACCUUCAUGUGUUUUCUAUGUCCAUAAAUUAAAGGUUUUGUUCAAAUGAUUUAUAAAUCUAAAACCUGAAGAUGUUUUGAGGACAAUAUUAACAGCUGUUAGAUUUUUUUUUU